AUGAGGUCGCACGCUCGCCAUGGCCUCGCCUUGGCCAUCACAUGCCUGUGGGCCUGCCCACUGGCUUUGGCAGAAGCCGAUCGACUAGAGGGUUACGGUGCCGACAACUAUGAGCCCCUGUGCGCAUACGUCUGCCAUACGGCAGUGCCAUCCACGGUGGAAUGCCCCGAGUUCGCCAACAUGACCGCCGAAGAGCGGGCCGAGGCGUAUCCCGGACCAGCAUGCCUCGCUGCCGACGAGUCCUACCUCACAUCCAUCGCUUGGUGCAUCAACAACCGUUGCAAAGAUGGAACUAUGCCCUCGGCAAUCCAGGAGUUUUGGGAAACGAAGCUGAUCUACGGCCAAGAUGAGCCAGGGGUCGUUCUGAAAUAUGCGACGUACUACGAAGCCCUAAGUCGGGUCAAUACCACAGUCCCACCCCUUCCAAAAUCGAUCAACGAGACAACACUCAACCGCACGAUAUCCGUCACGGAUGACGAGUACCUCGGGUAUCUUAAUGCUGCUCUCUCCUACCAAGAUACCGCAUUGGCCGGAUCUCAAGGGAUGUUCCUCGUCCUGUUCUCGGGUAUUGCUGUCCCCAUCGGCCUAACGGCCAUCAGCAUUCUGCCCUGGCCAGCCAAAUGGGCCAGCACCUUCAACGCGUACUUCGUUGAUCCUCCAGUCUUUGGACGAUACCAUAGUGUGCCAGUUCUAAAGCUGGCAAUGAUUCCAACUCGCGGGCAAGCUACUUUUAUCAUUUACAUCAUCUUCGUCAACGUCCUCGCCAACUGCCUGGGCUUCCACCUCCGAACGCCGAAUGCAUGGUUCCCUGAUCAGUCGAUCGAAAUCACACGCUACAUUGCAAACCGAGCCGGAGCUCUGUCUUUCGCGAACCUUCCGCUAGUAUUCCUGUACGGAGGGCGAAAUAACCCUCUUCUGUGGCUGACCAACUGGUCGUACGCCACUUACCUCCUUGCGCAUCGGUGGAUUGCGACUAUCGUGGCCCUGCAGGUCGCAUUGCACUCGGCAAUGUGGCUCCAGAUCAUGGUGAAGCAAGAAUCGUAUGGCGAGGCUCUUGAACAGCCAUAUUGGAGAUGGGGCAUCGUUGGAACGAUGGCCAUGUGCCUCUUCAUUCCGUUCUCGAUUCUCCCCAUCCGCAGGAGGUGGUAUGAGAUCUUCCUCGUCGGUCAUAUCGUGCUUGCCAUCUUGGCUAUCGUCGGGUCUUACUGGCAUAUUGUUCACCUCUAUAAACACCAGAGCGGCUUCGACCUCUUCAUCUACAGCACCAUGGGAAUUUGGGGCUUCGACAGACUUAUGCGCAUUGCCAGAGCGACGAAGAACGGGAUCAAAAGAGCAUACGUCAGUAAAGUGGACGACGAGUACAUUCGGGUCGACAUCCCCGGUGUUGAGGGCCACGGUUACUGCUUCGCGUACUUUCCGACGCUGUCGUGGCGACCGUGGGAGAACCAUCCUUUCUCCGUCAUCAACUACACCCGGGAUCAAUUGGACGAGUCCGGGUCGUCCUCUCCAAGCUCUCGCUCGGGCACAGAGUCCCCGUCAUCACCAAGCACUGCUGUGCUUCAAUCCGCGUUUGAGAAGUCCCCGACCGUGAGGACGAAGAAACCCAGUCACAUUGCUACCCGGAAUCGCCGAGAUGGUGGCAUCUCAAUGUUCAUGCGUGUGCAGAACGGCAUGACCAAAAGACUUGCACGAAUGGCUGGCGUAGCUUCAGGCAUUCCGGUCCUUGUCGAAGGCAGCUACGGCCAUGAGGGCAACACAUUGCUGCAGGGACAUGACAGCAAGUUCGCGCCGACCCUGAAGUACCCCAACACACUAUGCAUCGCUGGUGGCGCCGGCAUAUCCGCUGUGAUGCCGGCGCUGGGCCAAUGCCUGAGCAUAUACGGCAUGAAGGGAUCUACGAAGUUGUACUGGGGACUCCGAAGCAGAGAGCUGGUGAGUGCUGUUGAGAGCAGCAUUGUCGGCCCAGACGGCGACAGGGCCAAUUGGGGCGAGAUUGAGACGCACAUUUCGGUCGGUUCCCGACUCAAUGUGCGACAAAUCCUGGAGGAAGAGCUGGAGCAAGUGUCUUCCGGAACCACGGUCAUCGUGUGUGGACCUCUGGCGAUGUGUGACGAGGUGCGGUACACUGUCGCUGCACUGGCACGCCACGGGAAAGUUGUGCGACUCGUGGAGGAGAGCCUUCCAUGGUAG